AUGAAUUCCGAAUUAGAUGGUCAAAACGGAGGUUGGAAUUGAUUAGUAUCCGGGAGGUGAAGAAGGUCUCUCUUCUUUUCUUAGUUUUAGUGAUGAGAGAUAUAUAGAGAUAGAGGUGGAGUUUUUCUAGCGCAUUUCAUCAAAAAUCUUACUCCCAUGCUCAAGCUAUAAUGCUUCUGCUGCGCUUAUGAAAUCAUCCCUGUUUCUCAUUCUGUAUUCUGUUCAUCUAUAAUCAUCUCUAUCUCUGUUCUCUGUAUCAUCCGAAGUACAAAAGCAAAGCAAUAAAACCCAACUGAUUAAUCAACGAUCAUACUUGUCUUCCUGGGUUGCUUAUUCAGCAGGUGUGAUGAAGGUUUGUUGGCCAUACUUUGAUCCAGAAUUCGAGAACCUCACCGAAAAGAUAUAUGGUCCAAGUUACAGAGUUUGCAUUGACAACGAGAGCUGUAAAGAAUGUACAGUUGUGAAAGUAGACACAUUGAAUAAACAAGGUCUACUUCUUCGAGUCAUUCAAGCAUUAACAGAUAUGAACCUCACAAUCUCUAAGAGCUAUAUUUCAUCUGAUGGGGAAUGGUUCAUGGAUGUCUUUCAUGUCAAAGAUGAUAAAGGACACAAACUUACUGACCAUAGUGUUGUCAAUUACGUUCAACAGAAUAUGCAAGCCAUUGGUACAACUAAAGACAAGAGUGAGGUUGAGACCUCGGUAGGAGCAGUUAUCAGGUCUGAUACGCUUGCAGACCACACAGCUAUUGAAUUGACAGGAGCUGAUCGACCGGGUCUUUUAUCUGAGAUAUCAGCAGUCCUAGCUGAUUUAAGGUGCAAUGUUGUAGAAGCCCAUGCUUGGAGCCAUAAUGAGUAUCUUGCUUGUGUGGCUUACAUCUCUGAUCAAUCCAACUCCAGCCGUAUUGAAGACCCCAACCGGCUUGCAGUCAUCAAAGAUCAUCUAUCGACUGUUAUCCAUGCAACGACUCCCAUUGAUGACACUGAAGCUUAUAAUGACCAAAGAGUUGAAACUGCAGAUCUGCCUGGUGGAAGAAGAGAUAGAAUGACAACAAAUGUUGAGCAUCGACUACACCAACUAAUGCUUGGUAGUCGUGACUUUGAAGGGCGAGUUGGAUCAGUAAGCAACAACUCUUCGUCACCUUCUAUGUCGAUAAAUGUAGUUGGUGAUGGAAAAAAGAUAGUUGUGUCAAUAGAGGGUUGUAAAGAAAAGGGAUAUUUAGUUGUUCGUGUAGAAUGUAAAGAUCGACGAAGGCUUAUGUUUGAUACAGUUUGCACACUCACAGACAUGCAGUAUGUUGUUUUUCAUGCUUCAAUAAGUAGUCAUGGAAAUUCUGCAAUUCAGGAGUAUUAUAUCCGGCACAUAGAUGGCCACGCGUUAAUCUCAGAAACAGAAAAACGAAGAGUUGUGAAAUGCUUAGAAGCCGCCAUCGAACGUAGAGUCUGCGAGGGUGUCAGACUAGAGUUAUGUGCUAACAAUAGGGUAGGUUUGCUUUCGGACAUAACACGGAUUUUUCGUGAAAAUGGCCUUGUCAUUGUUAGAGCAGAUGUGGCGACAGAGGGUGGGAAAGCCAUGAAUGCAUUCUACGUUUGUGAUGUCUCUGGAAGUGAAGUAGACAUGGAAAUUGUGGAGUCAAUGAGGAAAGAGAUAGAGCCUCUUGCACUUGAAGUAAGGAAUGAUUCACCUUCCUCUACUUCUGGGGAUCGGCCCCGAUUAUCUCUAGGUGGUCUUUUGAAAUCGCACAUUGAACGUUUGUCUCAAAAUUUCUCUUCCAUUAAGUGAAAGAAACGUAGCAUGGCGCUAGCUGUUCAUAUCGGAUAAAUUUAUAUAGAUACGUUUGUUUCGUUAUUAGUAUUAUAUUGCUUCAAAUUUUUGGUUACAAAUAGUGGAAAGUAACUUGUCUGAAUGAAUCACCAGCCAUGAUGUUAAUAAGCGAUGUAAAUACUUGAUUAGUUAGUCCAACAAGAUGACUCGAUUGUCUUUCUUUUCUGUA